GGAAGGUAGAAAACACUGCGCCUGGCUGCUCCAGCGCCAACGGGACGCAGCGGGUAAUAAAUUUCAGUUCAAAACGAUCAUCGCCGGGCCAGUACUGCCGCCCUCGAGCAUGCGUCCACCUCACAGCUCCAUCGUCAAGCUACCCCGCCACAGACCCGUGACUACCGCCGACUCGGCUACUCCAAAGCGGCUGGACAAAGCGGAAACGGACCGCUGGACGGUAUGCCUGGACGACAUGGUGCUGCAGUACAAGAAGCCCGACACCUACGAGAUAAUGCCUUUCGCACAGCUGAGCCCGCGUCUCACCUGCACAGAGUCUUCGGAGUCGGACAAGCUUGUCAAUCGCCAGAGCUCUUCCUCUACAACGACCACCACGACUGCUCUGACUGGCAUUCCCCGCUCGAUAAAGCGACCUCGUCCCCAAGCCAGCACACUCCCUGCCACAUCUAAAGAGACUACAGCGGUCAGUAGCCCUACCGACUUCCUCAGUCCUCCUAGAGCGUCGAGUUCCUCCACCAAGCAGACCACUCCGGCGCCUGACAUCAAACCGACCGCCAAAGGCAGAGGGAAAAUCAAGCAUGCCUAUGCGGAAGACUUGCAGGACCCGGCUAGUACACCUAGCAUCAACAGCACCCCUGAUAUACUUGGAGCAGAGGAAGUCGUGCACAAUGAUCGCAAGCGCCGCCGGACCACUGCACAUGGGCAGCUCGUGUACAAGCUCUGUGACUCUUUCAUGCAGACCAGAAAGCAUUUUGACAUAUACCUUGCAUCUUCCAUGGAGGCGGAGAAACGUCAUGAGGAGUAUCUGAGGGCGCUCGAACAGAGACAGAAAGAUCAUGACGCCUAUAUGGAGGCAACCAUCGAGACAUUCACCCAGAUCCAGACUUGUGUCGCGUAUUUGCAGAAGGAAUUAGGCGGCGGUGAACCUGAUGUUGGUGGAGAGCAGUCUCCUGCCCAACCGAACGGCAUGGAAGAUGUGGUGUACGAGACAGAUGCAGAGGAGAAACAAGAAGAGGAAGAGGAUUGAGGUGAUUCUGGGGCGGGUUUGGGGGAGGCUGGGUCGGAUUGCA